AUGUUUCAUACCUUCGAGACUGCGCAAUAUCACAGCCCAGAACAGGCCGAGCAAAACGCAAGCUCGGCCUCCAAGCGAAGAACCUCCACCGUGAGGGCUUGCGAGCCCUGCCGCCGCCGCAAGAUCAGGUGCAGUGGAGAGCACCCCUGUGAAACAUGUCAGUGGUAUCGAAAGGCUGCGUCUUGUCACUAUACCGAGCCUAGACAACGGCAAUUGCCCUCCAGAAGGUCUGUCGAGAAGAUCUCUCAGACGCUCCAGGAAUAUCGGGUCAUCAUACAGAAGCUAUUUCCCAGCGUGCACCCAGACCAGCUGAAAGAGCUCCCUCGCGAAAGGCUCGUCGAGCUCAUCCAGAAGAGCAAUCCAUUUCAUCCCCCUUCGCCCCGAACACCCAGCGUUGAGGAGAAACCUCCUCCCGUGAAUCCGGAUGCUGCCAACCUCGAGCAGCUGCAACCAACACCGGAGGACAGCAAUGACGGUUUUGCCGACCGCAAAACCCAUGCUCUGAAAGGCAUCACGGACGAUGUCAACAUGCUGUCUUUGUCGGUCAAGCAGAAUUCAUCCUAUCUUGGGAUAUCCUCCGUCAUGGCUGUCCUGAGAGUAAUCACCUGGCUUGAUCCAGACUGCUUGACCAAAUCUCCCGAGAGGAGCGUCAUUCCCACCCGUGAACCAUCACCGGCUCCAGAGAAUCAAACGAGUGAGUCUGACCAGACAAGAAACGAUACCUCUUCGGCAUCCGCCUGGGACGAAAUUCCUCUCAUCAAUGCCUACUUUAGCUAUGUCCAUCCAUUCAUCCCUUUGAUUGAGGAGCAAGUCUUCAGAGACACUUAUAUGGCCGCUCAAAGAACCGACUCUCGGUGGCUUCUACUUCUCAAUAGUGUCCUGGCCAUGGGCAGCGUGGCAGCGGGGACGUCAGAGGAUACUGGCCAUCAUGUCUACUUCAACAGAGCAAAGCAGCACCUCAACCUGGACACAUUGGAUUCAGCUCACCUCGAGACCGUCCAAGCGCUUGCCAUCUUGAGCGGCUUCUAUCUUCAUUACGUCCAAAUACCCAAUCAGGCAAAUGCUUUGAUGGGUGCCACCUUGAGAGUUGCCACUACGCUGGGACUGCAUCGAGACUACACCGAAGGUGUGGGCCCUGCAAAGAUUCAGAAAGCAUCGUUCUCAAUUGAGAUGCGCCGCAGAAUAUGGUGGUGUACGUUCAUGCUGGAUUCUUGGGCUGGCUACACUCUCGGAAGGCCGAGCAUGGGUCGAAUGAGCCACGCUAUUACAGCUAAACCGCCUCAAGAACCAAUCGGUCAAUCUACCGCCAUGCUGGCAUUGGUGCAGGAAAAUGUCCGCUUCUGUAUCAUCAGCACAAGGAUGGAAGACGCGCUCGCCGUGUCUCCUCUUCUAGAAGAGUAUGAACGCUGUCCUCUGGAUGCCCUGUACCAGGAGUGGUACAAGCAUUCAUCUGUGCGGGCAGACUAUUCACGGCCAAACCCCAACGAACCUCCCGGAGUCACGGUCGUCAAAAACGUCAUGAGGUGGCGCUACUUGUCGAAUCGCAUCAUUCUUCACCGCCCUGCUCUGCUCUGGUACGCCAUGCGCAAGAUCCCAUGGGAUAGUCUCUCCCUGGAGAGGCAAGCGGCUAUCGAGCUGUGCCGUGGCGUAUGCGCGGAUUUGAUAAAUGACAUUGCCUCCACCUGGAGAGGGCAGAAGGCUUGUCAGAUGUCUGGCUGGAAUGCCACAUGGCUCCUUUAUCAAGCCGUGAUGGUCCCACUUCUUUCGCUCUACUCGGAUCCUCACGACGUCGACGUGGUGGAGACCAGCCGCCAUCAAGUCGAAAUCGCUAUGCGAGUCUUCAAAGAGCUGCAGGGCUGGUCCACCACCGCUCGCCGGUCGCUGGAGGUCAUAAUCAGGCUAUAUGAUGCCAGCAAACGGCAUUCUGCCGCUAUGCAAGAGUUCCAGGAGACAUAUCCGCCACAUACCAUGGACACGCCUACAUCGGCCACAACGCCGGCUCCACCGCAGGCACAAUUGAGUGCAGUGCCGACUCUAGCGACGAUGACGACGUCGUCUUUCCGUCCCACCUAUAUUGACGUCUCCUUUGCCAACACCUAUGGCAACAUGGACGACCUGAACACGGCCACCCAGGAGCUGUUCAUGGACAACAUGUUCGACACGCUCAACUGGAGCACGAGCUGGGACAGCCCCAUUGGCGGAACCCCGAUGAUGAACGGCUGGGAUUACAGCUCCAUGCACCACUGGGCGGGCAUUCCCCAGGCGGAUGAAUAUUUUGGCGGCUUCGGCAUGCCUGCUGAUGACUCCGGCAGCCACAUAGGAGUGGGCCCCACGGGAGCAGGAGGACCGGGGCUUGCGACUGGCGUUGGCACUGGUGCCACUGAGCCAGGAACAGCAGGGGGUUCCUUCGACGUGGACAUGCACCCCGCCUCUGCCAACCCGGGGGACAUCAUGAACAGGCACUAUGCACAUAGCACGAGUAUGGCCCUUGCGAUGAAGAUGGGACAGAGGGCGGAUAGUCCCAACCCAUGA